GUUGGUCAUAUAUAUUUCAAAUGGAAAAGGACAUUGGGAGCAAAAAUAUUCUGACAACCGUUAAUGCCUUGCAUGAUGCCGCUACCAAAGCCGAGCAAUGUUCUAAGUACCUACAGAAUACAUCCGAAACAAUAAAGAAAUUAAAGAGUGAAAAUGAGCAUUUGAGUUAUCAUUUAAGAACAGCUCAAGACGAACUUAGUACAAAAGAAAGAGAGUUAAAGAUGCUAUCAAAACGGAAAGAGAUGCUUUUAACGACAUGCAGAAACGCCUUUUACAAAGGCAAAAAGAGCUUGAGCGAACAAUUAAAGACAUUGAAGAUAACACGAAACAAAACACACAAGUAGAUGCCUUAAGCGAUGACAAACGGCCAACAAAAGUCGCAGAAAGGUACUUGGAUUUGUAUGACAAUGAAUGGGCAGAUGCAUAUGAGGAAAUUGAAAAGGACGUUAAAACGAGAAAAGGAAGAACACAAGAGUUAUUGCACAUUCUGAAGAAAAUCAUGGAGUUCUGUGCAGACGUGGCAAAGCAGCAAGAUAUCAACGUGCAUAACGCAUUGCUUAUAAGUAGCAAAGAGAUUGAUGAAGACCUAGUAUAUGAAGCUAGCAAACAACUUUCUUCGUGCAAGAAACGCAUUUACCCAGGAACUUGUGAGGACAUUUACGAGGUAAUUGUUAUUUUGCAAUAUAACUUUGAUCUUGAAACGAUCAAACAAGCUCUUACUUUAUGA